CUAGUGUACGAGCACAUGUCACAGGGAAAUCUAGGACAUCAUUUGUUCGACCCAGCUAAACAUGGUUACUUUCCUCUGACUUGGAAACAGAGAGUGAGAAUCGCUCUGGACGUGGCACAAGGUGUUGAGUAUUUCCAUCGUUUUGCUCUAGAAAGCUCCAUCCACAGAGAUAUAAAGUCCUCUAACAUCCUUCUAGGAGAUGAUAUGACGGCCAAGGUUUCUGAUUUCGGGUUGGUUAAAGUCGUAGCAGCUGAUGGGAAUCACUCUGCUGUUCAAAAAACAGAAGGCACAUUUGGUUAUAUAGCACCAGAAUACGCCAUUGAUGGGGUUUUAACGACCAAAGUGGACGUGUACGCAUUUGGAGUGGUGCUUAUGGAAAUGAUCACAGGAAAAGAAGCAUUAAAGGAAAUAUCAGGAGAAGAAACAUUUCAACUGGUCCCAUGGUUCAGAAGCAUCCUAGUCAAGGGAAAAAUCCGAACUGCACUUGACCUAACCUUAGAUUGCGACUACGACGAAGUAAUAAUAAGGAUCAUUCAGCAAGUUGCUAAGCUGGCAAGCUAUUGCACGUCCCGGAAACCUAAGAGGAGACCUGACAUGGGCCACGCGGUUAACGUGCUGAAACAACUAGUAGAGAAGUGGAAGUCGCCGUGCGAAGAAGAAGGAGAAGAAGAAGAGAGUUUGGGGAAGGAUAUGGACAUGAACUUAGUUCAGUGUCUGCAGAAAUGGCAAGACGAAGGAGCAUCGUCGUCCGCAAUGUUUAGCGAACCCCUUCCAGAUGAAAAGCAAACAAUCUUUAGAGAACCUCUGCUGAACCCACGUGCAAAGAAGGAUAAAUAUUCAGAGGAAGAAGAAGAAGAGAGAAUGAUGAGGCUACUUACGAUCACACCUAAAGAUGAUCCGGAGCAAUUGAGGCGCAUGAUAAGGUACAAAAUAAGGAACAGAAGUAAACUAAUAAAUGAUAUUUGA